CUGCAAAAGCUGCAGCGUUAAAACUGAGAGAGUCCGCUCUGCUCUUUCAAUCGCCUCUUGUCUCUGGUUCUGGGACCUCUGUAUUUUCUAAUUAUUACACUCUGUUUUGCCUUCAACUCCUUCUUUGUGGGGAAGAGGUCAGUCCUCCCUCAGAUUCCCCUCUGCUAGUCUUCAUCUUCCCUGCAUCCAGAUUGUGAAGAUGGAAGGGGUCCAACCCCUGGAGGAGAAUGUGGGAAACACACCCGGGCGGAGAUUCCAGAGGAACAAGCUAUUGCUGGUGACCUCCAUCAUUCAGGGGUUGGGGCUGCUCCUGUGUCUCACCUACGUCUGCCUGCACUUUUAUACUUCUCAGGUACCAUCUCAGUAUCCUCCAAUACAAAGUAUCAGAGUACAGUUUACCAGUUGUGAGAAUGAGAAAGGUUUCAUCAUCACAUCCCCAAACCAGGAUGAAAUCAUGAAGGUGCAAGACAACUCAAUCAUCAUCAACUGUGAUGGGUUUUAUCUCAUCUCCCUGAAGGGCUACUUCUCCCAGGAGCUCAGCCUCAGCCUUCAUUACCGGAAGGGUCGGGAACCCCUCUCCUCCCUGAGCAAGGUCAGGUCUGUCAACUCCAUCAUGGUGGCCUAUCUGGCUUUCAAGGACAAAGUCUACUUGAAUGUGACCACUCAUAAUACCUCCUGCGAUGACAUCCAGGUGAAUGGUGGGGAAUUGAUUCUCAUUCAUCAAAAUCCUGGUGGAUUCUGUGCCUACUGAGGACCUGAUGGCCACACCCAAGCCAGGCAUCAGCAUGAACACUGAGCUGGGGCUGGACAUAACACUGAUUCUUCCUUGGGAGUGGAGGAGUCAUCCCAGCUCAGCCCCCAUAUCUGGCCACAUGGGAUGUGACCAGAAGCUGAUCCCCUCUCCCCUCCCACUCAGGGAUAUUUAAAACUUAUUGUACACACCAGUUAACUUUAUUUAUCCUCAUGUCUUCUAAAUCACCAAGCCCUUAUCCCUCACAACUGCCUCAAGCAUAGUGGGGACUUCUGUGAGAAUGAGAAACUAGGUGCCACUUCCUUAAGACACAUUGUUUCUAUUGGUCAGGAAAUUGUCGUAAUAAACUUUCUUUAUUGAAAAAGA